AUGGAUAUAAUUGGCACCAACGAAGAAACUCAGUCCGCCAUAGACAUUGUCCAAAGCCAUGUCUUCUUCAGCCCCCAUGGCCAGGGUUGGCUAUCCAAGCCUGAGCUCCCCACUGCCGCUGAGAUUCUGGCUGAGCAGUCCGAUAUCGACAACCUUCCCGAUAACCCAGUCGAUGUUCCGUGGGCGUCCAAGGAUGAGUAUCUCACUGCUCAGUAUGAGAUCCUCCGGCGCGAGGCCGUCGAAGGACUGCGCUAUUCUGUGAGAAGCUUCGCAGACAAUCGCCGCAGAGACUCCGCCAUGGACGACGACUUCACCAACAUCUACACUCAGGUGCGGGUCAGGGAAUAUGUCAUGUCAACCAUCGGCCCUCUUGUCCGAGUCUCCUUCUCCACAGAGCGGUCCAAGUUCCGCAUCCAAUGGAAACAAUCGAAACGACUCCAGCCCGGGAAGAUCGUGGCACUCUCUCCCAAGAGUGACAACUUCAAGAAGAUUUGCAAGGUUGCAACCAUCGCUCAGCGCCCGUAUCGCGACGGCCUCGACCAGGACCCCCCGCUCGUGGACCUCAUCUGGGCUGACCCGAAAGAUGCCGUUUUCGACCCGAACCUCGAGAUGGUCAUGAUCGAGUCGUUGCAUGGCUACUUUGAGUCGGCGCGCCAUUCGUUGAUCGGCCUGCAACAUGCUGCGAGAACUGACUCUCCCUUGGACAAGUACUUAACCGGCGCCCAUACUAGAGACAGCCAUCCCGAGUUUCUCGAGGAACAUCCGGUCGCCGAUCUCUCUUCUCUUGCCAGUAUGAAAACCUUGGAAGACGCCGAGGCAGUCGCACAGCUCAGGAACCAGGACAUCCUCAGGGGUGAGCUGCCAGACCUGAAGGGCCUCACCAACCUGGAUGAGUCCCAGCUCCUUGGCCUCCAUCGAAUCAUCUCCAAAGAACUGGCCAUUGUGCAGGGUCCACCGGGCACCGGUAAAACGUUCACCUCCGUCGAAGCACUGAAGGUUUUGAUCGCCAAUCGACGCAGGCGCCGCGGCCCCCCGAUCAUAGUGGCCGCCCAGACGAACCAUGCCCUGGACCAGAUCCUCAUGCAUUGCAUCAAUUCGGACGCGAAAGUUCUUCGGCUGGGGGCAAGAACCCAGAAUGAUCUCAUCAAACCCCGCACCCUGUUUGAGCUACGCCAGAAGUGCGCCAAGGGCGAGAUUGCCGCGGACAGGAAGUGCGGCUCCGUCGACCACCAGCGCCGAGUAAACGCCGGGAAAAUCCAGGAGCUCGUUCAUCAGCUUUUCAGCGACCGGCUCCUGGAGCCAAAGACUUUGCUCGACUUCGGGAUUAUCACGCAGGACCAACACGACUCCCUUUACGAUGAAUCCAUGGAAACUCACGAGGCCAUGGACGUCCAUGGUCCCUUCGCGGUUUGGUUGGCGGAAAGCCUCAUUCCUGCCAAAAUUCGAGAGGACCGCCAUCCCACACAGCACGAGCUCACUGAAACAGAGGCCCGCCAAAACCUCCCUGAGUUUGAGAUUGAGGAUGACGAGGACAUCGAGAACAUCGCCGAUGACGAAGAAGACGCGUUUCGUUUCCGGGGCCAAGUCAUCCCAUUGAGGCACGUCUGGUCAGGCAAGGACCCAGCAAACUUGACAUCUUGGAACCGCGCCGUCGCUCGUGCUCUUCAGACCCAGGACAUGUUUACCAUCGACAGUGACUUGCGCGGCGCUGUUUACCAAUAUUUUCAGGGCAAGUUGCUGGAUGCCAUGGCCCCAAAGUUCGCUGCAUUGCUUGCCGAGAACAUUGACCUUUGCAAGAAACGCAAGACGUUCAAAUUCCUCGGAAACACCCAGGUUGUCGACAAGCAGAAGAUCGACAUUGUCGGUUGCACGACCACAGGCUUGACAAAGUACCGCGGCUGCCUUGCAGCCUUGAAUGCCCAGUCGCUCCUCAUUGAGGAGGCAGCCGAAACCCGCGAGGCCAACAUCGUAUCCGCUCUGUAUCCUUCCAUCCAACAGCUCAUUUUGGUGGGAGACCACAAGCAGCUUGCGCCCAAGUGUGAUAUUCAGCGCCUGGGCGACCCUCCUUAUAACCUCAACGUGUCGCUAUUCCAAAGGAUGGUCAACCUGAACAUGCCCUUCGUCAUGCUCAAACAGCAACGCCGCAUGAAACCGGAACUUCGCAAGAUCUUGAAGCCCUUUUACCCGGAGCUCUACGACCAUCCCUCCGUAGACUCGAUUAACAACCGUCCUGACAUUCUCGGAAUGGGAGGGCGUAACUCUUGGCUCUUCGAUCACAUGUGGCCCGAGGAUGUGAACUCAGGCUUCAGCAAGUUCAACGAGCAAGAGGCCGAGAUGGUCACCAACUUCUUUGCAUACCUCGUGGCCAACGGUAACCGCGCCGAGACGAUCACGGUUCUCACAUUCUACAAGGGCCAGCGGCAAGUAUUGCUAAGAAAGUUGAAACGGCACCCCUCGCUCAUGGGCCGGACUUUCAACGUGUGCACCGUGGACUCGUACCAAGGCGAGGAGAACGAUAUCAUUCUUUUAUCGCUCGUUCGUAGCCCGGAAUUCGACCGCGCUUACUCCGUGGGCUUUUUGGAGGAUGAGCGCCGUGCAGUCGUUGCCAUCAGCCGUGCUCGUCGGGGCUUUUAUGUUUUUGGCAAUGUCAAAAAUGCCCUCAGAGCGCACCAGGUUUCACACGACCUUUGGUUCAAGAUCUGCUCUGGGUUUUCCAAACAGGGGCGCCUUGAUGAAGGGCAUGGCCUUCCCCUUACAUGCCAGGUUCACCACAGAGAGAUUUGGAUAAAGGAGAUCGAGGACUGGGGUGAUAACGCUGGUGGUUGUGACCUGCCCUGCGGGAUGACUAGAGAAUGUGGUCACCCAUGCACUCUCAAGUGCCAUCCCCAGCCGUGCAACAAGAAGCUUGAUUGCGGCCACGGAUGCCACGAGUCGUGUGGCCAUAAAUGUUUCUGUGACUGCAAGGCAUUCAAGGAGGCCAGGGAGGCGGAGGCCAAGCGGGCACGGGACGACAAAAAGCCCAUGACGUUGGCGGAUAAGCUGGUGCUCAUGGGUGCCGAAAAGACGGAGAUGUUAAAGGCCUCCUUGAGCAAGCCAGCCCCGACGCCACGUGUGCCAGGGAAAGUUGGCGCUUCAAAAGACGGUCGCAACCAUAAACAGACACAGGCUGCGCAAGAUGUUCCCCGACCAGCCGAAACCGUGGCGGAGUGGGAGGCGUUUGUCCAGAAUAUCGAGAAGCAUGAUCAGGUAUUGCUCCAGGAAUAUCCCGCCACAGAAAAGCAACAAGUUACGGGGUCGGUCAUUCAUGAGGUUUACCAGCCUACAUCCCUGGCAAAGGCCCAGCGCAUUGAAGGCGGCAGUAAAAUCCACCCAGAAGGUUAA